AUGACGAAGGCGAGUACGACCACGAUUACGGCUCAGCGCCUCGCUGCCCUGACCGCCGCCGCGGAUGGCACGGCGCGCGAGAUUGAGGCCCUCGAGGCCAAGCUCCGCGCAAUCGCGCUCCGGAAACGUGCCAUAGCAGAGCGUGCCGUGGAGGAGAACGCGGCGGCCGACGCGGCGGCGGCAUUGGCGCGCGCGGCGGCGCAGAAGGCGGCGCGGGAGGAGCUUCCGUCGCGUGAGGAGCAGGCGUUCAUCGACGCGGAGAUUGGCAAGUCCGAGGAGCAGCAGGCUUGGCUCGAGCGGCAGGUGUCCGACGCGGCUCGGCGCAGGGCGGUCGCCGCCGCGCCGCUGCCCUCUCCGCUCUCGGCGGCGCAGGAGCGCUGGCUCGGCGUCGAGGUGGAGAGGCACGUCUCGCGCGAGGCGGCCGCGGCCGCCGCUGUGGCCAUGACCCGGCUGGCGGCGAGCGAGGAGGCGGGCAAGCCCGCGCGCGACGAGCAGGAGUGGGUCGAGGCGGAGAUGGGCAAGGCGGAGGAGGAGGCGGCCUGGUUCGAGCGGCAGGCGAGCGAGGCGGAGAAGCGGGUCGCCGUCCUGCGCUCGAUUCUGGCGGAGCGAGGCGGCUCCUCCGCGUCCGCCCCCCUCGCCGCGGCCCUCCCCUCCCCCGUCUCCCUCGAGGAGGAGCGCUGGCUGCGCCACGAGGCGGAGCAGCACGCGGCGAGGCAGGGCGCGGCGGCGGCGGCAGUCGAGACGGCGCUCAGCCUCGAGGCGGGCGGCGAGGCGGCGCGCAACUCGCCCUCAGCAGCGGAGCAGGCUUGGAUGCUUGAGGAGCAGCGCAAGCUCGCCGAGCAGGGCGCGUGGCUCGAGCGGCAGGCGACCGGAGGGGGACUCGAGGCGGGGACCAGCCGAGGGGCUCGUCCCGUGAGGCGCGCCCUCGCGGACCUCCACCGCACGCGCGAGCAGAUGGGCGCGCUCCGCGCCCUGGCUGCCGAGGCGACCGAGGCGGUGGAGGCGAUGCGGGCGGGCUCGCUCGAGCCGCAGCCGCACCUCAAGCGGACGCUUGUCCAGCUGCAGCAAGACGCGGCUUCCCUGCUCGCGCGAGGCCGCUCGGCGCUCGGCGGGCCUCGCGCGCUGUCGGCGAGCAGUGGACGCGCGCUGAUGGACAGCUGGCUCUUUGACAACUGGCUCUUUGCACAGGCGGAGCACGUCCUCUCGCUAGCGGUGCAGACGCUGCGCGAGGAGCUCGCUUCGCUGCUCACCGCCUACGCCGAGAUGGAGGCGGAGCGAGGCGUGGCGCACGCGUGA